AUGGAGCCUACCACCGCCUUUGCCGCAAGCGGCGAGGAUGCGAUCACGCGGACGAUUGACCUCGACGAUGUUCUGGAGGAGCUCUCGCCUGAAGAACUCGAAGAUUAUUAUGACAUCGACCGCACAGUAGAACAAAUAUGCAAAGGUGAUUACAAAAGGAUAGCACUCCAGUUCCCUGAUGAACUGCUGCGUGACUCCGUCCCCAUAUUUCGACGCUUGAAGGCUCGGCUCGGUGACGGACGAGAGCUAUAUGUUCUAGCCGAUACAUCUUAUGGCAGUUGUUGUGUCGACGAAGUUGCCGCUCAGCACGUCGAGGCGGAUGCAAUGGUCCAUUACGGACAUGCAUGCAUGAGCCAGACAUCGCGCCUUCCGGUCAUCUACGUAUUCGGGAAGAAGCCGAUCGAUUCCGCGGAUUGUAUAGACAGCUUCGUGCAAGCGUUAGCAAGCUCAAGCUCAGAGCACACGAAGGGCGCAUGUAUGCUCCGACUCGAUGUUGCAUAUGCUCACAGAGCAGACGCGAUUAUGAAUAAGCUUCGAGCGGCUCUCCCUGCACCAACCAAGAUCCUCCAGUCGCCGAUUCCGAGUAUGACUUAUCCGACGAAGCAGCCAAACAAGCUCGACCAGACGCCUCAGCAAGAUUCAAACUCUGGGGAAAAUGAUUUCGAAGAAGCGUCCUCCGAGAAUUGUGUCAUCCUCUACGUCGGAGGGGAAAGCCUCAGUCUCACCAAUCUGCUCAUGACACACGCGUCUUGCCAGGUCUACUCCUAUGAUCCUCAGACAACAGCCACCCGUCUAGAAUCCGCGCGCACAAACAGGCUUCUCAUGCGUCGAUACGCUACAGUCCAAAAGGCCAGAGAUGCGGACGUCUUUGGCAUCCUCAUAGGAACGCUCGGUGUAGCUUCCUACCUCCCACUGAUCUCUCAUCUACGAAAAAUGCUGGCAAAAGCCCACAAGAAGAGCUACACGAUCAGUGUAGGAAAGCUCAAUCCUGCGAAACUCGCGAACUUCCUGGAGAUCGAGUGUUUCGUGCUCGUCGCGUGUCCGGAGAACAGCUUGAUCGAAGCCAAGGACUUCUUGCGCCCGAUAGUGACUCCGUAUGAACUGGAGGUGGCGCUCCGGGCGGAGCAGAGCUGGACAGGACGGUACGUCUUGGACUUCGACAGAGUGCUCGCGGAAUACAGUGGACACGAGGAGGAAGGUGAGUCGAAAGACGCGUCGACUCGCGAUGAGGAAGAUUCCGAUGAACCUGUGUUCUCACUCGUCACCGGGAAGUACCGAUACGCAAAACGUUAUGGUGCUCCCGCUGAAACCCCCUCAGGCGACUCCUCUGCAGUCGUUCUCCGAAAUAAAGACAACUCAAUUGCUGUCCUCGCAGACAGUGCAGCAGGACAAUUCCUGCAAACCCGUACAUUCCAGGGCUUAGAAACGAGGAUCGGCCAGGAUGCGCCGAGUACGCUCGAGCAAGGCAGGAGUGGGAUUGCGAAGGGCUACGCAGACGACCACCGGUCACAAUGA